AAAAAAAAAAAAAAAACAUCUCGUCCAACCUCCACAGGAACUGACGUCUCCGCUGUGCAAAGUAGAUGGAAAAAAAUGCAGCUGCGGGACAAAAAUGGCUCCAAACACCGCACCGCUAAAAGGCGUAUGAGGCUUGGCUUCGCAGUCCCGAUGUGAGAAGCUGUUAUGCUCAUGGCCCCUCCCAGUUGACACCAUGGCCCAGAUAUCGAGAGGUAAUGGGUUUAAUCUGGAUGUCCCCCAGCCAAAGGGGCUUGUGGGUAAAGAGGAAGCCCUCCGCAUGGAAGAGGAGGCUUUAGCAAAGCUCCAGAGGGACAAAAGACACACUCUUUCCUCAUCUCCCACUGGGGCGUCUUCACCCAAGUCAAACAAAUCCAAGACAGCUAAAGUUACUGCUGCAUUUGUUGCUUCUCAACGUUCGCCUGCCACCAAGAGACCAGAAAAGGACCUCAUUGUGUUCCCUGAGACCAAGAAGCAACCAGAGGCCAAUAAGUUCAGGGACAUCGAUGUGGACAAGUUGACCAAUGAAGAGUUGGAAAAGCUCCUCCUGGAUGAAAACUUUGGGGCCAACAGCAAAGUAUCUCGCCCUUCAUCGCUGCUGGGCUUUAACCUCAGUGCCUCCUACCCUGGCGGCAAUACAUGUAGCUCAUCUCCUUUCCAAGGUUCUCAAUGGACACCCAUCCUGUCCACUCCAUCGAGCUCCACCGGGUCUACGCCCACUCAUCAACCGCCACCGCUGUUCCCUUCCGCUCCUUUCCCCAAACCAGGGACAUUUCCGAAUGGCUUCACUCCAACCAUAUCGCCCUUCAUGGCGCUUUCUGCUCAGCAGCCAUCAUUCUUAGCCUUCUCUCCCAUCCAACCUGCCGUUACCGCCGCCACCACCAUGGUGUUCCCUCCACCACCUACGGUGGACCCUGAGAUGGCUAAGCUCUUUGAUAAGAUUGCCAGCACCUCGGAAUACUUGAAAAACGGCAAGUCGGCCUGCAUUGACAUAGAUUCCGGUUCGGCGUGUUCUGCCUCCCUGGCACCCAACCCGGUGACCCAACAGCCAGUGGCGACGGAAUCUGCGUGCAUCAGCCGCUUCGAGUGGCUGGAUCUUGACCCGCUGACUAAACGUAAAGCCGACAGCGAGGAAGCAGGCACGUCGCCGGGAGACGAUCCGGAGGUGGCUCAGGGGCUUUCUGCGCGGGACCCCUGGGAUGCAGUGUUGGAAACCGAAGGUAAAAGUAGUAAAAGCAGCCCCCCGCUUACAUCAGGGUCGGCCCGAUCGCAAGCUCGGAGGGCGUCCACUGGGGCUGCUGUCACCAGGAGCCACUCGCUCAACAUCCCCGGAACUUCCUCGCAGCAUAAAGCAAACAGUCAGGGCAAGGGUAAAGGUCUGGUGAAGAAUGACGCAUUGGAGCAAGAAGACGCUCAGAAUCUGGAAGUGGUAGCCUUCUGUAAAGAGGUCGCGAGCCUGCGAUCCAAAUUCCCUCACAGUGACACGGCCACCAACCCUGGCUACAUCCGCAGCCCUGUCAUCUCCCAGGGGGAGGCCAGAGGGGAUACCAGCUGUUCCGUGAAGGUGUCCAUCGAAAUCUCAGAGUCUCAGCAGCCUGUGACUUUUACAUGUGACGUUAACUCUCCAGUGGAGCUUCUGAUCAGUCAGACACUCUGCUGGGUCCAUGAUGACCUGGACCAGGUGGACUUCUCCAGCUACCUGCUCAAAGUGUGCGGCCGGGAGGAAGUGCUGCAGAAUAAAUACAGCCUGGGCAGUCAUGAGUACGUCCAGAACUGCAGGAAGUGGGAGAAUGAGAUCACAUUACAGCUGCUCUCACACUCCACCAUGAGACGGGACUUGGCUCGCACUGUGGAUGAUGACAAUGCCUCCAUAAAUUUGGAAAGACACCUGAGCUAUGUGGAGCGACCAUUUAAGGAGACUGCCACUAGACAAGGUCUGAUUGACUACCUAGAAGGUUAUCACAACCAAGUCAGCAUCUGUCUACAAAAUGAGAGUACCCAGUACAAGACUGUGGAUCGGGUAGUGCAGACGGUGAAGAACUUCUGCUGCGCUCUGGACGAAGUGGAGACACAGGCUGUUGCCGAGGCUGUCAAACGGCUGCGACACUCUGUCAACCUGCCCAGGACGCACUCGCCAAAGCUGGGUUCCCAGUCAUCUGGACAGGCAGCAAAUGAUCACGCCAGCCCAGUGGAUGAAAGCAUGGCUUUGCUCACCCAGGCUGUGUACGACCUUGCCAAGCUCUACCUUCGCUCCUUUUGUGCGCCAUCUACCUCCGUCACCUCUCCUUCGCUCAAAGGAGAUACGGCGAACGAGCUACGGAGCAGCAAAGAAGCCUCCGGAACCACAGACCACCUCCAGUUUACCCUCUUUGCCCUACAUGGUAUCCCGGCCAACUGGGUCAGCAGUUAUGAGAAAUACUUCCUGGUGUGCUCUCUCACCCACAAUGGCAAGAAUCUCUUCAAACCAGUUCAGUCUAAACGAGUGGGCACAUACAAAAGCUAUUUCUACCACAUCAAAUGGGACGAGCUGAUCAACUUCCCCAUUGCUGUGGCGGUCCUCCCACUAGAAUCCAUCCUGGGCCUGACUCUGUACGGCGUGCUCAACCAGAAUGCCGGAGGCUCUCCGGACUCCAACAAACAGAGGAAGGCCCCAGAAAUGCUGGGCAAAGUGUCAAUGCCGUUAUUUGACUUCAGACGAGUUCUCGCCAGGGGCACCAGACUGUUGUGUUUGUGGACAUCAGUACAGGGAGCCACUGCAGGCUCUGCAGGGGGCCGCAAAAAGUUGCCUACAGAGAGAAUUGUGCUGCAGGUGGAUUUUCCCAACUCUACGCUCGAUGUUUUGUAUGUGGGACCUCAGGAAGACCCCACUCCAGAGCCCAACCCAAUUGAGGAGCUUGACCCUGACCUCCGACGUAAACUGGAGAAAAUCUGCAGUCGAGCGUCUAAUUUUGGGCUGAAACGGGCAGACCACCAGCUCCUCUGGGACCACCGGCUCCACUGCCGGAGGGAUCACCCCAGCAGCCUGCCCAAGGUGUUGGCCAGUGCGCCCAGCUGGGACUGGGCCAGCAUGUCUCACAUCCACUCGCUGCUUCACUCCUGGCCCCCGUUGCCACCGGUCACCGCUCUGGAACUACUCGAUUCCAAAUUUGCUGACACCGAAGUGAGGCGGGUGGCUGUCAGCUGGGUUGAGGAGAGUACUGAUGACGAGCUGACUGACUACUUACCGCAAUUGGUGCAGGCUUUAAAGUUUGAAUGUCACCUCAAGAGUGCCCUCGUCAUGUUGCUGCUUUCCAGGGCGCUCGGCAACAUAAACAUUGCACACUACCUCUACUGGCUGCUCAAGGACGCCGUGCAGGAUGCGGCAUGGGGGCGGCGUUACGAUCGUGUGCUUGGAGCCCUGCUGUGCCUCUGCGGGGCGAAGCUGCGAGCCGAGCUGGAGAAACAAACGCAGCUGGUCACGUUGCUUGGAGCUGUGGCGGAGAGGGUGAGACAGGCUGGUGGGUCCACGAGACAGGUGGCUCUUCUAGAGGGCCUUGAGAGUGUUCAGAACUUUUUCCAGAGAAGUAGCUGCCGACUUCCCCUCUUUCCCAGUCUGGUUGCCAAGGAGCUUAACAUUAAAGCCUGCUCUUUCUUCAACUCCAAUGCCGUUCCUCUCAAGCUGGCUCUGGUGAAUGCUGACCCACUUGGGGAGGAGAUCAAUGUUAUGUUCAAGGUCGGGGAAGAUCUGAGGCAGGACAUGCUAGCGCUCCAGAUGAUUCGCAUAAUGGACCGCAUCUGGCUGCAAGAGGGACUGGACUUGCGCAUCGUUAACUUUAAGUGCAUCUCCACGGGCAAGGACAAAGGCAUGGUGGAGCUCGUGCCAUUCUCUGACACUCUGAGGAAGAUCCAGGUGGAGUAUGGUGUCACCGGCUCUUUUAAGGACAAACCGCUGGCCGAGUGGCUCCGCAAGUACAACCCUGCCGAGGACGAGUACGAAAAGGCAUCCGAGAACUUCAUCUACUCUUGUGCGGGCUGUUGCGUGGCCACUUACGUGCUGGGCAUCUGUGACCGCCACAACGACAACAUCAUGCUGCGUUCCACAGGCCACAUGUUCCACAUUGACUUUGGCAAGUUCCUCGGCCAUGCCCAAAUGUUUGGCAGCUUCAAAAGGGACCGAGCACCGUUCGUGCUGACCUCUGACAUGGCGUAUGUUAUUAACGGUGGAGAGCGUCCUACCAGUCGCUUCCAGUUGUUUGUUGACCUCUGCUGCCAGGCCUACAACCUCAUUCGCAAGCACUCCGGCCUUUUCCUCAACCUGCUGUCACUGAUGAUGUCAUCGGGGCUUCCAGAGCUGACUGGCUCUCAGGACCUGAAGUAUGUUUUUGACGCUCUGCAGCCACACAGUACAGAUGCAGACGCCACUAUAUUCUUCACCAGACUGAUCGAGUCCAGCCUGGGUAGUGUGGCCACAAAGUUCAACUUCUUCAUCCACAACCUUGCCCAGCUCCGCUUCUCUGGUUUGCCCGCCAAUGACGAGCCUAUCCUGUCCUUCUCGCCCAAGACUUACACGUUGAAGCAGGAUGGCCGAAUCCUCCAUGCCUCCAUCUUCUCUUUUCAGAAAAGAUACAACCCCGACAAGCAUUAUACGUACGUGGUGAGGCUACUCAGGGAAGCCCAUAACGAGCCCCAGUUUAUCUUCCGCACUUUCGAUGAGUUUCAGGAGCUCCACAACAAACUCACCAUCCUCUUCCCAUUGUGGAAGCUGCCAAGUUUCCCAAGUAAAAUGGUGCUUGGCCGCACCCAUGUCAAGGAGGUGGCCGCCAAGAGGAAGUUGGAGCUGAACAACUACAUUCAUAACCUGAUGAGGAGCUCGGCUGAGGUCACACAGUGCGACCUGAUCUACACCUUCUUUCAUCCGGUGGCACGGGAUGACAAGACAGAAGGUUUGGAGGCAGCCACAAAAGCUGAGCCCCCAUUGAGUCCCACAGCCGGCCGUGUAGAAGGGGAGGUGAAAUUGUCCAUCUCAUACAGGAACAGCACACUAUUCAUCAUGGUCAUGCACAUCAGAGAUCUGGUGUCUGAAGAGGGCACGGAUCCAAACCCUUACGUGAAAACGUACCUGCUCCCUGAUCCACACAAGGCCUCCAAGCGGAAGACCAAGAUCUCUAGGAAGACUAGGAACCCGACAUUUAACGAAAUGCUGGUGUACAGCGGCUACAGCAAGGAGACGUUGGGCCUACGUGAGCUGCAACUCAGCGUGCUGAGUGCCGAAUCCCUGCGGGAGAACUACUUCCUGGGCGGCAUUACUCUGCGCCUCAAAGACUUUGACCUGGGCAAGGAGACGGUCAAGUGGUACAAACUCACAGCUGUGCCCUACUUCUAAACAGAACAACAAAAAGAAAGCCACCUUGAUUGUUUCAGUGACAAAACAAUCACCCUCCUCAUCAACUUUAACAAUGAGCUGUAAUAUUUUGUACAUUUUGAUAUUAGAGGACCAAAACUGCUCACUUACACAAGAGUAAAUAUAAAUAUAGAGAGAUAGACGCGUUUAUUUUUUAAGGACUAGAAACAAAAGGGUUUUUUACAUGUUCUCCUUUCUCCGGGGUUUCACAGUUUGCUGCUUUUACCACAGACACUUUGGGGUAGUUUGAUACAAGCAGGUUCCUGGUAAUAAACUACAAGAUUCAACAUGAUAAUAUCAAGUUUACUGCUUUUACUGCAGACACUUAGGGUAAUUUGAUAGAGGAUUUGUGGGUAAUGAACAGCAAAAUUUUGUUUACCACAGAAAUAUUUCAUAUAAUACCAGAUAUUAUAAUUCUGACCUGAAAAUUUGUUUGCUGUUUUCACUGCGGACACAUUUGAAUAGUUUGGCGUACCAAAUUCCAUGUAAUGAAUCUCAGGAUUCUUCCACAAAAAAACGGAGGGGUUUGCUGUUAAUAUCGCAGAACCUCUUGGUGUAGUUAUGACAAAACAUUCCAAGUAUUAAACUAAUUAGCAUUUUCCCCAAAAAUGUGCCAAAUUUAGCCAAAAAUGGCGUCAAAAUCCAACCACUCAAAUGUGCCUUAACAAUGGCUCACAGUCUUUCAAUGUGUCCUUAUUGCUAUAUUCAUUUUUAGUAACCAGGUCACAAGAGGUUUUUUGUUAAAGAUGGGCUUCCACUAAUUGCACACUAGCUGGUAUUAAUGAUAAGAUAGCACACUUUUAGGGGAGUUUGCAUCACUUCAUUUCUGGUGCCUACACGUUCAUUUGGAAUGUUCAGGGUGUCUCCCGAUCUGCACUUUUACCCACACACAUGCAAAAAAAAAAAAAAAUAGAAAAAAAAGAAGGGAACAAGAUAACUCUUAGAUGUUGUUGUUUUCUGCCCCCUCUAAGCAUGUUCACAUAUCAUGAAAAUGAUCAUUUAAAAUGAGUGACAUUCAGUUACGUUAAUAUUAAAACCACCUCAGUUCACUUUACUACAAUCUGUAUAAAACAAGUGUCACUAUUGACAUGGCCAGUUAUUUAUUCUUAAUUGGUGACUUGUAACUCCCUUCUUAGUUGAUCAUUGUGUGAACUGUACUCCUAAAGAAAAUUAAAAUGUUUUUGGAACA